GCACAUCUCUUAUCUCGUUCUAGUACUGUGUCGUCCUAGUGGCCAAAAUACCACGGUGUUCCGGGAAUAAUGGUUUGAAAAAUCGUAGUUUUGCGAUGACCAGUCUAGCGCUGGCAUGGACUACUUGGAAAGUGAUAUUUGUGGCCGGGCGUCGGACCCGUUCUGGCGCCACUGUUCUGGCAGCCUCUGCAGUCGCGGUUCUACUGCAUAAGAUCGAGGCACGCUGGAGGGUGACACAUCUGCAAGGCGCGAUUGAUGCACCUACCGAUAUGCCUGAAACCGGAAGAAAGAAAAGCUAUGCUAACCAAAAGACAAGACAGCAGCAACAUAACCCAAGGUCGGGCGUCAUAGCACCAGUCAACCACUACUGUCACUUAAAAGUCUUAGCUUCAGUGCGAAGUGACAUGACAUGGAAAGCUGUGCUUCAAGGGUCCUCGAUUUGGCAGCUUGAUUGAACUCCCCAACGUCCCACGGUAUCGUUCUCCUAAGUAUUUCCCAAAUCCUACAUGCCAGAACUGAUGCUCGCUAAUCUGCUUCAUCGCAUGUCCAAAGAUGCGAACACAUUGCAGGGAUAUGCUCUCGAUUACGAACCCAGUGUUGCACCUGUCUAUCUCGCAUACGAUGCUGCAGCCCGCAGUUCGCGCCGAAAAACAAUCGAGGAUGCCCUGGAACGCAUG